CUGCCAAUCAGCUGUUGAGUUGCAAGUUGUGGGUGAAGAAUGCAAGCGUAUUGUUAAGCGGAGGAAUUAAUGAUUUUCGGCUAAAUUAAGGAUUUCAAAGCGCAGUCAUCAUGCCUAUUAUGUACAAUACGGGUGAAUGGUUCAAGGUGCGACCUGAUUACUACAGAAAAGUGGAACUGGCUACGCCCGAUUGGCCACUGGACCUGGACUUGGAGUACAUGUGGGUGGAGGUGGCUCCCUAUGGAGGACCACUGGCGGCCACACGCGAUCCCACCAAGCUGGUGCCAGUUAAGGGCACUGCUAGACCAAUGAUCCGCAUCUUCGACACCACCGGCCGGGAAACGGGUCACAUAUUGUGGAACCAUGGCAAACUAGUUGCCAUGGGCUGGUCGGACACGGAGGAGCUCAUCUGCAUUCAGGAGAAUGCCACUGUCUUUGUGUACGACAUGUUUGGCAAGGAAAAGGAGUCUUACAGCAUCGGCGAUGAGGCGAGUGUCACCAAGAUCGUGGAGGCCAAGGUGUUCCAGUCCUCCGCUGGAACCGGAGUGGCUGUAAUGACCACAUCAGGCCGCAUCUUUCUCAAGCAGAACAGUAGCAAGACUGAACGAAAACUUCCAGAUAUUCCCAAUUCCAGCAUCAACUGUUCCUGUUGGGAGAUUGUAACCGAGGGACGCAAUAGUUACUGUCUUCUGGGAAGGGAUAGAGAAGUCAUCAAGCUCUUUCCCGGCGAAACUGUUGGCACUAUUACCGCCAAUCUCUUUGAGAAGCCGCACGAUCGAAUCAUAAAGAUAUCCGUGUCGUACAACCACCAGAACUUGGCUCUGUAUACCAACACCGGUCUUCUUUGGCUGGGCAGCGUGGACAUGCGGCAAAAGUACUGCGAAUUCGAUACGGGACGAAAAGAUAUGCCUCUGCAAAUGGAGUGGAUCAUGAAUUCGGACAACAGCGAAGCGGAUGCGGUGGUCAUUUCCUAUCCAUCUUACCUCUUAAUAGUAAAUCGCAACGCAGAUCGCAGCGAUUUCCCCUACGAUCCUGUCAUGUUUCUAGUGGCCGAAAUGGAUGGCGUGCGCAUUAUUACUCAAAGUUCGCACGAGAUGAUCCAGCGACUUCCCAAGUGCGUGGAAAAUAUCUUUGCGGUCAACAGUCAGGAGCCGGCCAGCUAUCUUUUCGAGGCGCAGAAAAAGUUCGAGGAGAAAUCUUACAAGUCGGAUGAGUAUCUCAGCAUGUGUCGGGAUAAGAUCGACUUGGCAGUGAACGAAUGCAUCGAGGCGGCUUCCUUUGAAUUUUGCCCAGAGACUCAAAAGAGUUUGCUCAGGACGGCCUAUUUUGGCAAAGGCUUUAUACGAGACCACAACCCCGAUGAAUAUAUGCGUAUUUUGCGAAUAUUGAGGGUUCUCAACACUUUGCGACAUGAGAAGAUUGCCAUGCCGCUCACUUUUAAACAGUUUUCACAUCUAAAUACGGAAGUAAUUCUCAGUCGUUUGGUGUUUCGAAAGCACUAUGCCAUCGCCAUACAAGUGGCGAAGCACUUGAACCUGUCCGAAUCCUGGAUUUUGGAGCAUUGGGCUUACCACAAAGUUAUGAAUGAUCCCAAUGACAUCGAAGUGGCGCGAAAGAUUACAGAAAAGUUUAAGAAUCCCUCGGUGGAAGGCAUUUCCUUUUGCAAUAUUGCGGCAAAGGCCCAUCAGGCUGGUCGAGAUGAUCUGGCCAUUAAGCUGCUGGAGCUGGAACCUCGCGCUUCCCUUCACGUUCCACUUCUACUCAAAAUGCGCAAGUUUGAUCGGGCAGUAGGCAGCGCAACGCAAUCAGGGGAUACUGAGUUGAUCACUCAAGUGCUCCUGGAGAUGAAAAUGCACAUGAUGCUAUCUAAUUUACAUAUGACCAUCAGGGACCAUCCGCUGGCGCUAAAUAUGUACAAGAAGAUAAUGCGGGAAUCCAACAGAGCCGGUCUCUAUGGCAUAUACAACACCGAGGACGAUCAAAAGGCAAUCGCAGAGUAUCACUUUGAAAAUGCCAUUGAAACAGAAGGUCUGGAGUCGAAUCUGUCGAUGAUUGGCAAUGCUUAUGCUCUGGGACGUUGUACCUUGGAGGCUGAUCUGUGUGCCGAGACCAGCCGACUGCUUAAGCUUCAGAAAACGCUGAGCACUAAAUACAACGCCAGUUUAAAUGGAUUGUCAAUACAUGACACCAUCGAGGAAUUGCUGCGGAUCGAACAACUAAAAGAGGCGGAGCGGAUCAGGAGUGAUUUCAAAGUGCCGGACCGGCGCUUCUGGUGGCUGCGAAUUCUAGUACUUUCUAGGCAACACAAGUGGGACGAGUUGGAGAAGCUGGCCAAAAGUAAAAAGAGUCCCAUUGGGUACGAUCCUUUUGUGCAGGUGUGCUUAGAACAGGACAACGUAAGCGAGGCGCGAAAGUACAUACUGAAAUGUCGGGACAAUCGCAGGGGCAUGUGGUAUUUGCGGGCCAAACUUUAUAACGAAGCCAUCGAUUUCGCCUUCGAGCAAAGGGAUGUUCACAGUCUUUCUGAACUUCAAAAGAAUUCUGAAAUCGUGAACAGUGGCAUGCUACUCAACAAAGUUUGCAACUGCAUUGCCACGCUGGAAGGAAAGUAGUCCAAACAUUCCUAUUUAUAAUCAAAACAAUUGCACAUAAUAAAAAAGCACUUCCCUUUUGGACCGUCUCAAGGCCAACACAUUUUGGGAGCUUUUGUUUUCACUGCGUGCUUAAGACCCCGAAAAAUAUGUCAGCCCGGCGAGAGCAACAAUUUAUCAUCCCUGAAUGGAGGCCGAGAUUGCUCCAUAUCUAUAUCCCUGUCCACAUCCAGGUCCAGGACUUUCAGACAGCUUUUCCUUCUGGUCAGUGGCUCAUCAUCCGUGGCUGAAAGCCAUCGCCUGGAGCUGUCAAACGCAAAUGUUGGCCCGAUGUUAGCAUAUAACAAGCGAAGGACAUAUCUGGUGUAUACGGUGUAUCUGAUGUAUCUGGGCAAUCCCUGGAUGUUCGUAUACGUAUUCGUGUGUGUUUGUUCACGUGUCCUCGCAGGACGUCAGCUGGGAAAUCUCCCUCUCAUUUGUUUACGAAAGUAUUUCUUUCAUUCGAUGUCGUUCCAUAUAAAACAGAUGUCGCCGCUCUCUUAUUAUGACCGACCAUCCUCCAAUGGCGUAUGCAAAAAAGUUAUGCCAUUUUUUCGCAGGUAACACACGAAAUGAUUUGUUUACGUGCGGGACGAAAAUAAGAAUUUUUAUUGCCAGCAAUAUUGCUGUUUGUAGAAAUGCGUUCAGUUGAUGCGUUUUCAUUAUUCAUUUUAAAUUUAUGCGUUAUAGUAGUCUGUUAAAACCCAAGGAUAUAAUAAU